AUGUCUGAUCUAGCUAAUGAGUUGGGAUUUGAUCCAACGCUAAAGAAGAAGAAGAAAAAGACCAAGAAGCUUGCAUCCGAGGAUACUGUUAGCCCGGUGGAGUCGGGAAAUGAGGAUGAUUUGUUUGCUGGAUUAAAGAAAAAGAAGAAGAAAUCAAAGGAAGCAAAGGAAGGAGAUGAUAAUGAAAAGGUGGUUGACGAAGUAUCCGAAGCGUUAGGUGAACUCAAGUUGAAAAAGAAAAAAAAGAAGACCAAGGAACCAUCUCUAGAUGAUUUUGAGAAAGAGUUGGAGAAAGCUGGUGUGUCCGUUCAGGAAAGUAGUAAAGAGGGGACUCCUGUUCCAACAACCGAUUCAGCCAUCCAGCAGAAUGUUGGAUUACCAUAUAAUGAGCUAUUAUCGAGAUUUUUUAAAAUCCUAAGGGCUAACAAUCCAGAGUUGGCUGGCGAUAGAAGCGGACCUAAAUUCAGAAUCCCACCUCCUGUUUGUCAACGUGAUGGUAAGAAAACGAUUUUCUGUAAUAUUCAAGAAAUUUCCGAAAAAUUACAAAGAUCUCCAGAGCACCUAAUCCAAUAUUUAUUCGCUGAAUUGGGUACGUCCGGUUCGGUGGACGGUCAAAAGAGAUUGGUUAUCAAGGGUAAAUUUUUGCCCAAGCAGAUGGAGAAUGUUUUGAGAAGAUACAUCCUGGAAUACGUUACUUGUAAGACAUGUAAGAGUAUCAACACUGAAUUGAAGAAGGAACAAUCCAACAGAUUAUUCUUCCUUGUUUGUAAGAGUUGUGGCUCCACAAGAUCGGUGUCCUCUAUCAAGACCGGUUUCCAAGCUACUGUGGGUAAGAGAAGAAGGAUGUGA